AUGUGUGGUAAUAAUAAUAAAAUUAGUGAAUCUGCCGCCUCUAAACGUGGCAAAUCAGUAAGCAAAUGUUUAAACAAGAAAGUUAGUAUAUCAAAACCGGAAAGUGUAUCAAUAAAGAGAAAAAUAUCAUCAAUUAAACAAGAAGUAGUAGAUAUUAAUAUUAACCCAAAAGUGAUUGGAGCAUUAAAAUCAGUUCCAAUUUUUUAUCAAAAAUGUAUUCAUCCAUUGGAGAAAUUUUAUCCAAUAAAUUCUGUAACAGGUACAUUACCAUGGACUGAUACAGAAAUUACCGGUAAACCAACAAUUAUUGUUGUUGGAUCAAGUGGAACUGGUAAAACUUCAUUAGUAAAUUUUCUUCUUGAUUCAGAUUAUAAAGGUUCAAGUAAUAAAGAUGGUACAAAUAAAAUAACAAUAAUUCAAUUUGGUAGUGAAAAUGCUGAAGUUUUAAAUAAAAGUAUAUAUAAAACUAAUUCAAAUUUUCAAUUUAAACAACUUGAUUUAUUUGAAAGUGAUAUAAAAGAAAAUGUAGAAGAAAAAGUUACAACAGUAAAUUCAACAUCAAAUUGUUUAAAAUAUAUAAAUUUAAUUGAUACACCUGGUUAUAGGGCAAAUGAAUUAAAUUUACAUACUAAUGAAAAGUUCGAUGAAAUUUAUAAAUAUCUAUUUCAGCGGGUAGAAGGAAUAAUUGUUACAUUUGAUCAUGAAAGAUUAAAUGAUUCAAUAAAAAAACUUUUAAAACUUUUAUCUAUUCAUUUACAUAAAACAAUUUUUAUAUUAAAUAAGUCAGAAGAAGUUAAAAAAACAGAUGAACUUAUUAAAGCACGAGAAAAACUUUUAUGGUUUAUAUCAAAUGAAUGUAAAAAUAAAAAACCACCUCAAUUAUUUUUUGGUAGUUAUAAAAAUACACCAAUUAAAUUAAAUUCUUUUAAUGAACUUUUUUUAAAAGAUAUGGAUGAAAUUAAUGAAAAUAUUAAAAAAAUAUAUAGUCAAUAUAUAGUGACACGCCUUCAUUGUAUUGAAGAUCAUUGUAUAACUGUUUAUGCAUAUUCAAUAUUCUUUACAACAUUUUAUAAAGUUAUUAAAAAGCAUUACUCAACAGAUACAUGUACAGCUGUCUAUCAAAUAGAAAAUGGUAUAAAAUUGGCAUUACAAUCAUUGCCAAAAUGUAAUAUUGUUGAAAAAAAAAUUACUGAAUUUGAUAUAUAUUUAGAAAACAAAUCAAAAAUAUUAAAUCGACAAUUAAAAAGUUGUGAUAAUUAUAUAUUAGAUGAGUUACGAGAAUUUUUAAAUACUAGUUUUAAAAAUAUUUUAAAGGCAGGAAAAGAUGAAAGUAAAAAGUUAAAGAAAACAUCAGAUUUUGUUCUUCCAAGACGAAAGAUAAUUGAUAAUAAAUCUCAAGAAAAAAAUUCAACAAAGACAAAAACAAAAAUAAUAACAAUACACUGUUCAAAGGAUAAUAAAAAAGAUAAUGAAAUUAUUAAAAAAUUGGAGGCUGAAAAGAAUGCACUUGAAAUGGAGAAGAAGAAACGUGAAGAAGAGAUAAAAAUAAGAAAUGAGCUGGAGGCUAAACAGAAGAAUGAAAAAAAUUUAAAGGAUAAAAUUGAAGCAGAAUUAAGAUUGAAACUUGAAUUAGAAAUGCAACAAAAAAAUGAAAUUGAAAAAAUUAAAAAAGCUGAGGAAGAAAAAAGGUUGGCUGAUCAGGAAAAGAUUAGAAAGUUGGAGGAAGAAAAACAUCUACGUAAUUUGAAGGACCAAAAAGAAGAAAGUAAAGAAAAACAUAGUAAACCUGUUAUUGUUGUAGUUAAAGGAAAUGAUAAUAAGAAUAAUACUUCAAAAUCACGAUCACAAAAAUCAAAUACUUCUAGAUCAGAAAAAUCUGGAAAGUCAGAUAAAGGAUUUAACAUAACAUUAGUCUAA